UUGGGAGAUGAAUUUGUAUAGAAUUUGUGAAUUUUAAGAGUUGAUAGAUGUUAAAAGGUUAUUUUUUAAAUAUUUAUAAAUAUAAAUAUAAAUUCAAAAAUGAUAAAACAAUAUAAAAAGAAUUAUAUAUCCAAAAAUGUAAGAGUAUAUAAAAUGUAAUGAAUUAUAGUUUUGGACAUAUAAUUUGGAUUUAAAGUGCAAUAGAUAAAUUUGUAUAGAGUAUAUAGUUUUGGACAUAUAAUUUGGAUUUAAAGUGCAAUAGAUAUUUGGUAAGUAUAACUAUUUUGUUUUCUAGUUUUUUUUAUCACAUGAAAUUUGAAAAUCACAUGGAUACAUAUGAUAUUUUAAAAAUUGAGUCUUAUAAGUAAAAAUGAAUAGAAUUCAUCUCCCUAAAUCCAAAUCAAAUGCCACUAAAUCGUCUAUAAUGAAAAGAAAUAUUAGCAGUUGUCCAUUAGUUUGCAAGACCAAUUUUUACUUAAAACUGAAGAUCAGAUUUGGACGGUCGCAUAACCGUCUAUCCUAACAUAACCCACUCAUAUAUACAAAAUAAAUUCAUCAAAAAUGUUAAAGAAAAAAAAUCUAUCACAAAUAUCUUUAUCGAUGAUGAUUCUUUGAACUGAAAGGAGACAAGAAAACAAUACAUCAAAUAUUUUCAACCAUAAUGGGAAGCUAGCCGGUCACACUCCACAAGCGGCUUUUGUUUUAGGGUUUUUUUUCUUGACGGGUCCUGAAUCAAUUGUGUGGAAUAGUUUCUCCUUAUCUCAUUUUCCCUCUCACUCCAAUAUAAUGAUGAACCUUCACUUCCUUUUAAACAUCCUUUAAACAUCACACAAUCAUCAAGUUACACCUAAACAUUAUAAUUAAAGAAACAAAAUAAGCUUAUAUAUAUAGAGAGAAAAAUAAUGAAGAAAAAGUCAAAGGAUGAGGCAUUGAAGAAUUGGGAGAAGAAGAAGAAGCCGUCUUCACCAAAACGGGUUGAGAAGUCUCUGAAAAAGAAGAGAGGAAGGCUCUACAUUAUUGUGAAAUGUAUUGCUAUGCUUCUUUGUUCGAACGAGUAAUCAUCAAUACAAUACACACACAUUUGUAUGUAUAAAUGAUGACAUAGAGGCAUUAAAAAAGGAAACAUAUAUAGGUCACCUGCCACAUAUCUCUUCGCUCUACGUACGGUGUUUCUUUUCAAUUUUAUGCAGGUGUAUUGUUGUUGUUAAUAUGAAUUUCUCAAUAUUUUUCUUGUCAACUAUACAUAUAUGUAAUGUACCCCCAAUAUUUUUUU